AUGAGCACAAUUCGUCAUUUAGUGUCAAUUAAAGAUUUAACUAACGAAGAGUUUGAAAUUUUAGUUGAAAGAGCAGAGUAUUUCAAGAAAAUAUUCAAGAGCAAUGACAGUAAUGAAUUUCAAAAGAACCAUUUGAAGCUAUUGGGUAGAACGAUUGCCUUAAUUUUCACCAAGAGAUCUACCAGAACCAGAAUUUCUACAGAAGGAGCAGCUACAUUUUUUGGUGCUCAACCAAUGUUUUUGGGUAGAGAGGACAUUCAAUUAGGGGUCAACGAGUCUCUCUAUGAUAGUGCUAAAGUCAUUUCAUCCAUGGUAUCAUGCAUUUUCGCUCGAGUAAAUGUGCAUGACGACAUUUUACAGCUGUGUAAAUAUUCAAGUGUUCCCAUUAUCAAUUCAUUAUGUGAUACGUAUCAUCCUUUGCAAGCAAUUUGUGACAUGCUGACAAUAAAGGAGCACUUAGAUUAUACUAAGAAUAAAUUGAAACUGGCCUGGGUUGGUGAUUCAAACAACGUUAUCAACGAUAUGGCGAUCGCAUGUUUGAAGCUGGGCAUCGACACGGCAAUCGCUACACCACCUGGAGUUGAAAUGGAUGAUGGCAUCAUUACAGCUGGGCAGGAAAUAUGUGCUGCAAACGGCUCAAAACUCUUGGUGACUCAUGAUUCUGUUGAAGCUUGCACUGGUGCUAAUAUUCUGGUAACAGAUACUUUUGUAUCGAUGGGUGAAGAAUAUGCUAAAGAAGCAAAACUAAAACAAUUCAAAGGUUUCCAGAUCGACGAAAAUCUUGCAAAGCAUGCAGAUCCAAACUAUAAAUUUAUGCACUGUCUACCAAGGCAUCAGGAAGAAGUAAGCAAUGAGGUCUUCUAUGGUGAGCACUCUAUUGUUUUUGACGAAGCUGAAAACAGAUUAUAUGCAGCUAUGGCAGUUAUUGACAUCUUUGUAAAUGAAAAUGGAAAAUUUGAACAUGUCAAAAAGCAAGCAUAA